CUUAGUAUAACUGAAUGUAAUCUAAACUAAAUAUCAGAAUAUAUUUAGAUUUAAGAUAAUAAACAACAGAUGUAGUAGAGAUUUUGAUAUUAUUAUAGACAUGGCCGACGUGGAAAGCAAAAGUAGUGAAAACAUACUUUACGAUUUAUCAGUGUUAUGUGAAUGGAAAUACGAAAACGAAUUAUUUGUUCGUAGCAACAGAGAAAAAGUUAACACUUCACUGAUAGGAAGAGUCUCUUCACUAGUAAGGCGCUCAACAUGGACAUUUUUAAGAAGUGCUGGUGUUCCAAUGCAGAUGCCAACACCAUGCUUAUUACCUGAACAGUUGGUCAAACUCAAAAGCAGUCAGAAUAAUUGGAAAAUAGCAGUCAGCAACUCAGGCACCUAUGUGGCAGUGGCUCAAGAAAAUGGGAUUGAAAUAAGAUCACAUCGAGAUAACUUGGAGACACCUUGUGGUAGGAAUGCAUUUCCUCUGGAUCCUUACCCACAAUGGCGCUGUAUAGUAUGGAGCGAUGAUGAGACCAUGGUUGCUUGCUCACGAAGUUGUGGUGCUGUGGAUGUAUUUGAUAUUGUUGGCUCUCUUCUUUUUACUAUUCCAGGGGUUCAAGAGGAUGGAUUAGGUUCACUAGAUUUAAGUGAUGCUGUGGCUGCUCUCAUUUUUACUGAUUAUAAACCUGUUGAUAAACUUUGGACCUCUGAGCUACUAGUGAUAAAUUAUCAUGGUUGUAUGUCCAGUUACUUGGUGGAUAGAGACAAUGGUUUCAAACUCAGGUACACUUUUGUUUUUGCCUCUGAGUACCCUAGAGGUAUUAGCUCUGUGUCCUUCGAUGUCAAGCACAAGAUUCUGUUUGUUGGUGGCACUGGGCUAGUUGAUGCUUCUCUUAGCUCCUCCAAAGCCAGGCAAGAGGGCAUCUCAGCUUGGAGGUUACUGUCUGAUGCACCUUAUUGUAAGCUAGUUACUGAUUACGAGGAAGAUAAACUUAAGGCCAAAAUGAAAGUUUCCUUCUUGUCUAAAUUGAAAGUACCUUAUUCAUGGAACAACCUUCAAGUGGAUGGUAUUUUUCAUUUGUGUUUAUCACCUGCUACAUCAUUGCUUGUAGCUAUCCAUUUCUCUGGGAAGUUGUCUGAAUGGGAAGCACCAUCUUUACGUCUGAGAAAUGAGUUUGACUUAGAAAGCCAGCCUGGAUGGGAUGAGCUGAAUCCUGAAUUACUUGAGAAUCCAACAAAAAAGAAAAGAAUAAAAGAUUUGGUCCCACAUAAGCAGUUGAUUGAUGUGAAUUUUUGGUCAGAGGAUCUUUUGAUUUUGGCUCGAUGUACUGGAGCAGUAAGUGUAGUGUCCUCAUCAGAUCUCCAUAACUUGCUUGGAACUUCUUUGGAGUGGUUUGAACCAUCACCACAGUUGACUCAGGCGCAUAAUGGUGGAUUUCUUGGUCUAGAGUGUGAAAUACAUUUUCCUAAGAAGCGCAUCCUUAUGCCUUCUGUCGAUAAUGGAGAUGAGGAUGAGGAUGACAGUGAUGAAGAAGAUCCAUCUCUGAUGGCCAGGUCAACACGUGUCUCUAAACAAGUGUUAUAUUACCUCACAGAUAGUGAACGUUUUCAGCCUCCAAAGAAAAAACCUAGACUUGUCACUAAAGUCUACAGAAUUGUUUCUUUGAAAUCCACAACACCUGAAGAGUUAUUUACUAAAAAGAUUGAAGCUGAAGAAUAUGGUGAAGCCUUGAGUCUUGCCCAGGCCUACAUGUUGGACAGUGAUCUGGUGUAUCAGAAACAGUGGAGAAAGUCAGCCGUCACUCGAGCUUCCAUUGAAGAUUAUUUGUCUAAGAUCAGCAAAAGAUCCUGGGUUUUACAUGAGUGUAUGGAGCGUGUCCCUGAGAACAUUGAUGCCAUGAGGGAGCUGUUGGAAUAUGGAUUGCAUGGAACAGAUUUACCUGCCCUUGUUGCUGUAGGGAAAGGGGAGGAUGGUGGCAGGUUCAUAUUGUGUGAUCCAGAUGAAGGCUUGUAUGAUGAGGUUUAUGACCCUUUUGAUCCGGAUUCUCAGCAACUGAAGGAAGAAAAGCGUGCUGAGAUACGAAAGUCAUAUCUCGAUGAAAUCAAUUUUCAGAACUUAAAUUUGGAACAGAAAGAAAUGUGCAGGGCAAGACUCAAGUUUCUAACCUACCUAGACAGAUUAAAAACAUAUGAGUUGAUAUUAGGUGGCACCCUUGCUGCUGUUGAGAGAUACAAUGCUGAGUUCUAUACCCAUUUUCGUGCUCGUAAUAUCUUUGAACUCACUACAGAGUAUGCUCAGAAAAAUGAUUGGGCAGCAGUGGAGAUACUAUUUAUUUAUCACAGCGAUGAACUGGCCCCACACAGACUAGCCAUCUUGUCUAAUUUCCCAGAAACUUCAGAUCCAAAUGAAUACAAAAGUCUGUUGCCAAAGUUGAGUGAAGAUGAAGAAGUCAUACCAUGGGAAACAGAUAGUUGGAGACAUCCUGAUUGGUCAGAAGCUUUUGAGUGUAGGAAAGCUGUUGACCUUGGCUGUGAUGAUGAAGCCUCCUUUCUAUAUACUGACUUUAACAACAAGUAUAGAAUUGAAAAUUUGACAAGUAACUUAAUACAGGAAUGGUAUCAUGAAAGAGCUUGUGAUAUUGAAAGAAGAUCUAAAAUUGUUGACAAUGCUAUUGAGUUGGUGAAAUUAGGAAUUGAAAAGGGAGUAGAUAGCUUAUCUGAACUCUUAGAUGAUUUAGUCAUCAUGGAGAUGUUGGUGUACGAAUGUGGAGUGGAUAUAGCAUUUGAAUUUUCUCAGCUUAGGGAGAUGGCAGACUAUGACAGGCUAGAACUUAUCAUGGCUAAGUCUCCUGAGGAAAUGUACAUUAAGAAUCUGCGAAGAUGGAUGGUGCCUUUUCUUCAGCGUUGUGAAAAGAAAGAAUCAGGCUCAUAUGAUCGACUCUUAAGAGACUUUAUUUUGACUAAAGCAUGUGAUGACCUAACAUUGGUGGUUAAGAUUUUUGAAACAUCCAAGCCAAGUGUCCAACUACCAGUUAUUCGAUCUCAUACAGAGCUUAUGAGUUUAGCUUUAGAUGCUAUUUAUUCUUGCAACAGGACAGACCAAUUAGAUUUAGUCACCAAAAUAUUUGAAUGUCUUCCUUCAAAAAGUAACAGUAAGGAAAGCCCUGAGAUGUUGAGGCUACACAAACAAGUGGAUCAACUAGAGCAGCACUUAAAUGCUGCCAGAAUACUAGAAUCCAAUGGACUAAAGCAAACAUUUGCUUACAUUAAAGCUAGUGAGAAUAACCCAGAUGAAGCAAAAAGCCUGAUGAUUAAAUUAACCAGAAUGGCUAGUAAAAGGGCCAUCCCAUUGUCAGACAUUGACUGGUAUAAACUUCAUGAUGAUGUCAUGUUACUUCAGAGUCAAGUCUACACUAACUCUAUAACUAGAAGCUUGUGUCAUGAGAUUUUUGUUGAGAGUUUGAUGUGCUCUGGUAAACAAGACACCAUUCAUUUGGCAGGUCACAUGCUUGAAAGAAGUUCAGGAGACAUUAAGCCCAUUAGGCCAUACAAAGAAACUUUGAAAGACAAAGUACCAUAUCAAAGAGCUGUAGAGCUAGUUCUGUCAGCUGCAAGAGAAUAUUUUAAUUCAUCUGCAAAUCUGAGUGAUCCUUGCAUGGAUAUGGCCAGGACCUGUCUUAAUUUAAUACUUGAUUCCCCGAAACAAAUUCAAGAAGAACUUGACCUCAUUGCGAGCCUUGCUCUGCUAGACGAGUUUGGUGUUUCUGUACUGCCUUUGCAAGUGCGACUAAGUAAAGACAGACUGGAGCUAGUCAGACAAGCUGUUGUCACUAAACCAACAAGUUAUAAACAAACCCAAAGGUUAAUAAGACUUGGUCAACUUCUUGGGAUAGCUACUACUGAUGUCCAGGAGUUAGAAGGACAGAUCAUUCAAAUGUCUGCUGAAGCAAGUAUAAAUGCCAUGGAUUAUGAUUUAGCAUACCAGUGUUGUGAACGUCUAAUAAGUCUAUGUCAUAGUCCAGCCUGGGCAGUGUGUGUGAAGUUGGCAGAGCAAGAAGCUUUUAGAAACAUAGUAGCCAAAGCAAAGCUGUUGUCAUUUGCUAUGACAUAUUGUUCUAAAGAUAAAAUCCAGCAAGUUCUUCAAGCAAGAUGUUUGUUAGAAACACAGAUUCUUUAUGAGAGAGUGAACAAGGUUGUUAUAGAAGUAUCUGAGACAGCUAGUAACUCUUCUGAUAUAAGGGAGAGUCCAUUCUCUGCCAAAGCUGCCAUCAAACAGACCCAACAGAUUCUGUCUUCCACCAAGCACACAACAUCUGCCCUCCUCUCCACUAUGACAGAUGCCAAAUGGUGGCAGAGUGCUGUGUCCUCCUUGAAACAAUACACACAGGUCAAAGUGCCUGAUACCAGGGACUGCACUUUUGACAAUAGAAAUGUUGAUAUGAAGAAGCAAGGGUGCCAUCCAUUUUAUGCCAGUCUUGUUAAAGAUUGCUAUGAGGACAGUAGAGCUUUGGACUAUAGUGGUAGCUAUAAAGAUGAGGACAAUAGUCUGAGUGCCAAUAUUUUGAGAACUUCUAUAUUGGAAGAAACACUGACAGGUCGUAAGACUUCUGAGGCAACUUCUGAAGCAUUGAUAGAGCUGGCCAAACAGAGCUUGCCCAGAGAUGCUACAUUGGGAUUGGCUUAUUUGAUGGCGACACCCAAAGACUAUGAUGUUAGUAUUUGUUUUGAGGAGUUCCCAAGUACUGAUAUUUCUCUACAAUUAGCUGUUUAUUACUAUGCCCUGCAAGUGUACAACACCCUGCAACCUGUCACCCCUCCUCAUGUAUAUGCUCUAUACAGACAGCCUCCUUCUAAGAUUGUUGGCCGAGCCAUACAGUACAUUUCCAGUGUGGCAGAGAGUGAGUGGCCCCAGGAAGUGAUCUCUUUACUUAAAAAACUCAAGAAUUACCAAGAGUUGCUGGAAGAUUACAACCAGGCCUGCACUUUGAAGAGACUAGGAAAAGGUGUGGAUGUGAUUAGAUUUGCUGACGAUGAAGUAUACAAACGUGAAACAAUUUUUGGUCUUACAAUGAGUCUUGAUGAUGAAGUCUAUAACAUUGCCCUGUCUCUUGCUCAACGUUAUGGCUUAAAUUUAUGGGAUGUGUAUAUGUGUCAUAUAGAGUUCUUAUUUUCUGACAGUGGGCUAUCUAUUGAAGAUAUUCAGGCCAGAGUAAACAAACUUGAUCUAUUAACCACUUUGAUUACACGGAAGUCAGACUUCACUGAUUCUAUGAUGAAACGUAUUUACCCAAUAUUGUCAGGCACUGACUUAAAGGGGCUACAGUAUUUCUUUAGUUUGAUGGAUUGUGUGGAGGACAAAAUACUUUGUGGGCUCAACCCAGUGGAACAUGUUGCAUUACUCAAGAAAUUAAAACCUGCUUGUCCAACCAUUGAUUAUAAGCAAUUAAUGGAUGAAAAAACACCACCAAUGAAUGUACUAGGACAUUGUUUGACUGCAUCUAAUGUAACUACUGUGGCAAAACUUUCUACACAAAUCCCUGAUAAGAAAAAAAGUUUUCUUAAUUCUAGUUGUGUCUAUAGCAACUGGGCAGUGCAGGUAUUUUGGACUGGUGAUGCUACUAAGAAACUUCCAGAAAAUAUGGCAGGAUGGAUUCACCGUUAUGAAUCUAUUCAUGAACUUAUCCAAAAGCUGAGGCCUGAAGACUUUCUAGAACUGAUAGACCAGAUUGUAUUUACAGCCACCUCCAGGAAGACUCUUGAUGUUGCUUGUCGUGAUGAAAUAACAAAAAGAGCACUCAAGUUUUCCAGACAAAACUUAGCUAGCAAGAAGAAGAAACAAGAUGACCUUGGGGAUGUAAGCUGGGAAGAUUGUUCCAACCAUCUACAGAUGAGAUUAUCUCACUUGAAAUCACUCACCAAUGACACAAUACAAUCUUUUGCCCAAGCCACUGACCCAGUUUUUUCCACUUAUGCUGAGAAAUAUGAUUUGUCCAAAGGUGAUAUUCAUCAGGUGGAGCUUUUGUUGGUACAGAUGAUUUUAGAUGGACAGGCUGUAGAAUUAGUGGAUGACAUUCUUCAAGUGGCUCCACCCAGUUCAUUGAGAACACGCACCAUUGUUCAACAAGCUGUUAAUUUGAUAGUUGCUUCUCUAAGAAAUGAGAACAUAAAGGAAGAAAUUUCUGUGAGCAAGCCAUGGUUGGCAGUCUUACAGCUGGUUGUGGAAAAUGUUAGAGAGCACCAUGACAAUGGUGGGGACUUAGUGCAAGCUGAAGAUGUGAUAUCACUUCUUAGAUCUUUUUGCUCUGACAACACCAUUGAAGUUCCACAUCGCCUUAAUGUUCUUAAAGUCUUGGAGAAGAGCUUUGACUUGUCAGAAUGUGAUAAAAUAUUGUUAACUUUGUACAGAACUCAAGCUUUAGUUUCAAUAGCCUGGCCUAACACUCAGGUGAAUGAAAACAAAAUCAACACAGAAGAAUCAAGGAUGCAAUUUUUUUCACAUCUGUUAGAUAAUAGUAAGAGUAAAGAAGACUAUGUCACGCUCAGUCGUCUGCUCAUCUUGUGGCCUCCUGUGUCUGACACUUACAGUUUGAGCUUAGAAAGCAACCCGUGGUUGAAAGUGUUUCAAUCUGUUUUGUUGACUCAAGAUCAAGAAGCAGGAGAAAUUAUCAAUACAAUCAUUAAACAAGAAUGCUCACAUUUUCCUCUUGAUUACAAGUGUACAGAACAUUUGAUUGAAUUAUUGUGCAAACAGAAUUUGCCCAUAGCUAGUGUCAAGUUAGCUUUAAGAUCAUCCCAUGAAAAGCUGAUAAAGCAGUCAAUCAAUCUUUUAUCAAAUCAGACUCAGGGUCUAGAAGAUGUAGAUUUACUUCAACUCAUCCUGUGCAAUAAACUAGCACCCCAAGUUGUUUCCAUGCCUGUGUUCUCACACCUUAUUACUUAUGUACUUCAAUGUCAAGGCCAGCCGGAAUCCCCUGAAUAUCUUAACCCUAGCACAAUUGCUGCUCAGUUGGCGGAAGCUGGUUUUCAGGCUGAAGCUGGCUCCUUGCUGCUGCAGGCUAAAUCUAGUCAUUCCAUUGUACUGACAUUUAACUCUGCAUUAGUUUCUGUCAGUCACUGGUUGAAGAAACUUUAAUGAAAUUCUUCAUAACAAUACUUUCAUUAAUCCUAUGAAUUAAUCAUUUUGACUUUACUGUGUCAUUUCUUUCUAGAAAUAUUUUUUUAUCUUGUCAAUUUUUUUGUUAGUAUUUUUUGGUCUUGUGUGUUUAGGAAUUUCAGUUAACAAGUUUUCAAAUGCACAUAGCUUUUACUUAAAAUAAAAAUACAUGUGCUAUUGCAGCAGUUGAUUUGCCAAAACCUCCUGCUUGGAAUGAUGUUAAGCAUCAUUCAAAUCAUUGGGCUAACAGUCCAAAGCUCAUCCUGACAAGCCUUUUAUGAAAUAGGGCCAAAUUUAUGUUAUUGUGUUGUUUACUAGAAAUAGUUCUGUGAUCUAAUUUCUUAUAUAUGUAUAAAUAGAAAGGUCUGCUUUGACCAUUAAAUUGACAUAAAUUGUAUAUUCUGUAGUACUUUUGAUCUUAUCUCUUACAGAUGUUACUUCAUAAAAGAAGAUAAUAACAUCCUACGCAUUUCAUGUAGUACUGCUGUAAACACCAGAAAAUGACAUUGAAUUUCAGUUUGAUCUAGUUUGUUAUGAUAUGCUGCAUUUAUUUUGAUGAAGCAACUAUGUGAUGAUUAAAUUUGAACUGUGAAAGUUAUGUGACUAGACAUUGACAUUGUUUAUAAUGGUGCAACAACAAAAGAAGUGAAAUGUUUAGGAAGGCUGUAUUUAUAGUCAUGUUUAAAUGAGUGAGCUCUUUACAUUUAUUAGAUAAUAGACUAUGAAUGAAGUGACUCACAACUACAAUCAUUUCAAUCCAAGCUAUAAUGCAAUGGAACUCAUUUUCUGAAUGCACUCAUUACUUCAGUGAACCCAAAGCUAUAACAAAAGGUGUUUGUUUUUUAUUGUUUUCAUUAUUCAUGUUAAUGUUAUGCACCACAAGUAUGAAAUUGAAUAGCUAGCCUGCUAGAUGAAAGAAAUAAAACUUAUAGCUUUUGCUACUAACACUAA